CUUUGUUCCUCUGGAUGCCGCUAAAGCUGUGGUCCAUUGCCCUAGUCUGUAUCCAGCCAGCCUGUAGUAACCACAAGCUGACAGCUGCUGGCCUCUACCGCACUGUGCGUAAGGUCCUGGACAUAGAUGGGUGGUAUGACAUGGCUACUGAGUAUCUAGAGUGCAAAAGGUGCAAGAAGAAGUGUCCAGCCUGGUCUGAGGACAUUCUGGGACAGCUGGACAUUGGGCACCGCAGAAAAUUCCCUGCCAUUCUGACAAACAGGUAUUCAUGUGACUACCGUGUGGUCAUCAUGAUGCGGGAGAGGACCCAGGGCAACAGUGUCACGCAGCUUUACAAGAAGCUGCAGGAGGAGCACAGUGCUGCGUGGACACGACGCACGUUGGAGUACCUCACUGCCUGCGAGCCCUUCGUCGACUCCACCAUCAUUGAGCCUCCAGUGUUCUCUGCCCCGCCGCCGCUCCCGCCCCUUCCUAAACCCAAGUGGCUUCUGUCUGUGUAUGCCAGGGACGUCCUGUCACGGCUACCUGAGGUCAAGGCCAAAAUAACUUCGGUAUUUGGCUCUGUCCUUAAGAUGGACUCCACCAAAAAGGUUACCAAAAAACUGGCUGGUGCAGCUGCCAACACUGCCGGCUGGUGUACAAAUGUGGCCAAUGAGCACGGCCAGGUUCUGGUGUCUGUGCUGACCGCCGCAGAGGGGCAUGGACUGUGGCCCAUGGCAGCGGGUCUCAUGAGGAGGUACAGAGAGGCAGGAGUGCCACCGCCUGUCAUCAUGUAUGUGGACCGGGACUGCUGCAGCCAGCACGCACAAAGACAGUCGCAGGUCAGGGCCAUGUUUUCUGAGUGGAAUGAGCUCAUAGUGCGCCUGGACAUCUGGCACUUCAUGCGCCGUUUUGCAGCAGGAGUCAUCACUGAGGCUCAUCAGCUCUACGGCACCUUCAUGGCUCGGCUGUCGAGGUAAA